AUGAAAGGUGGAUUCUUUGUGUCUUGUAAAAAAGGAAAAGAAAAAAAGGCUUUUUUAGAACUUCAGACAAUACUAAAUUCUUUUAUUAGUAAUAGUGAGCUACAAAAAGAUUAUUGUACAUUUAAUGUCGCAGAAGAAAUUGAAGAUGAACUAAAAAAUUUGAGAACAUCGUAUUUCUCCAUACAUUUUACCUAUAAAAGUUUACUUUAUGUUUCUAAUUCCUCAACAUUCUUAUCUUCAAAAUUAUUUCGAAUGCUUAAGGAAAGGCACGUACUUUUAGAAUAUGUACACAGAAUAUUUCCAUUAGACCACUAUUUUACGUACAAUGCUGAAUAUAUAAAAAAACUGAUAAGUAAUAUUGAUAAAAGCUUAACUUUCAAAAUUGAGUAUAAAGAAACAUUUGCUGUCAAAAAUUCAAAAAAGGAAGUUUUUAAAACAAUUACAGGUACUUUGCAGGGAAUGAAAGUGGACCUAAAAAAUCCACACUAUCUAAUUUUAGUUCAAGUCUUAAAAAAUGAUUUAGGAAUAACAAUUCUAGAAAAUUUUACAGACUCUUUUAAUUUUUCAAGAAAUCUAAAUUAA